UUCAAUUUCCUUCCAUUACCAUUAUUAGACUCUCUCUCUCUCUGUCAAUGUUAUCUUCUCUGCACCAACUUCAACGCAAAUAGACCCCAAAACCGACAAAGCUCCCCUAUUCUUUCGGUACAUCCUCAUCUCUAUCUCUUUUCUUCCUUGUUUCUUUCUCUCUUUGUAUAAAUGUCUUAGCCAUUUUGGAUUUAGUUAGAUUCUUUCUCCGUAAGUUUCUCCCACUCUUGCAAACAACAAGAUCAUCAUCAUCCUCUUCAGAAAAAUUCAUUACUUCUAAAGAUGGAUGUUGCGGGUGGCUGACGAAUCUUUUUCUCUAGCAUUACCUUUACUGAUACGGAAAUGUUUGUGAGAAGAAACAACAUUAAUUUAACAACAAUCAUAGAUACUAACAUUUGUAGAAUAAGCAAAACCAUUGGUAUGGAACAUGAAUUAGAUUGUGUUGGACAUCAUCAAUAUUCAUCAGUUGUCACUUCAAUCCCAUUCUUCUCCGCUACAUUGUUUAUUCCUUUGUCUUUGAAAAUCACUAUACGUGACGGGUUUCACGAAGUUCUUUAGUUAAACAUUUUCAUAUACAAAACAAACAAACACGUAAAUCUUAGUUUGGAAAAAUUUGUUCUUCUUGGGGGAGAUUAAGUUGAAAAGAAAGAUGCAAGCGUUUGCUAUAAGUGGGAAGAAAAGGAUUGUGAAUUUCAUGGAUGAUCCUUUGAUCCCUGGAUUGCCUGAUGAUGUGGCGAAGCAGUGUUUGGCGCUUGUUCCGCGUGCUAGGUUCCCUUCUAUGGGAAGUGUAUGCAAGAAAUGGAGGUUUGUUGUUCAGAGCAAAGAGUUUAUUACCGUGAGAAGACUAGCUGGUAUGCUUGAGGAGUGGCUAUAUGUCUUGACAAUGAAUGCUGGAGGGAAUGAGAGCCAGUGGGAGGUGAUGGACUGUUUUGGACAGAAGCUAUCAUCUCUUCCACCGAUGCCUGGUCCUGUAAAAACAGGGUUUAAGGUUGUUGUGGUUGAUGGGAAACUUCUUGUUAUUGCUGGUUGUUCUAUGAUCAAUGGUUCUCUUGUUGCAUCCGCUGAUGUUUAUCAGUAUGAUACUUGCCUCAACAGCUGGGGUAGACUAGCAGACCUGGAGGUAGCGCGGUAUGAUUUCGCGUGCGCUGAGGUGAAUGGGCUUAUUUAUGUGGUGGGAGGUCAUGGUAUAGACGGUGAGAGUCUGUCGAGUGCAGAGGUGUAUGAUCCUGAGACAGGCACAUGGACAUUCAUAGAGUCUCUAAGGCGUCCGAGAUGGGGGUGUUUCGCUAGUGGCUUCAACGGGAAGCUCUACGUGAUGGGUGGGAGAUCCAACUUCACUAUUGGCAACUCAAAACUUCUUGAUGUGUACAACACUCAAUGCGGCUCCUGGCAUGGCAGCAAAAACGGUUUAACUAUGGUCACAGCUCAUGUUGAAGUAGGAACAAAGCUGUUCUGUAUCGACUGGAAGAACCAAAGGAAGAUGUCAGUGUUCAAUGCGGAAGAUGAGACCUGGGAAGUGGUGGCUCUUCCGCUAUCAGGAAGCUCGAGGGCCGGGUUUCAGUUUGGUAAGCUGAGUGGGAAGCUUCUGCUUUUUUCGUCUCAGGAAGGAACCGGUCACAACACUCUACUGUAUGACCCGGAUGCUGCACCAGGCACACAGUGGAAAACAUCUGAGAUAAAACUGUCUGGUUCGUGCGUAUGCAGCGUCACAAUCACAGCCUGAUUGAUGAACUAUAGUGAUGCCAUUGUGUUGUUGGUUACAUUUCCUCAUAUGAACCAAAGCAAAGAGAGCAUUGUCUCUUUUUAAGGUUGAUGAUGUACACUGAUUUAAUAAAGUGGAGAGAGUGUUUUGUUUGAAACUGAUUUAGUGUUCUUGUAAUUGUCUCCUCCGUUUGCAUGUUUGUUGUAACAUAAUGCGUUUUGAUUUAUUUGGAAUUUGUUUCAA